UUUUGCGCUGACCCAAAGCAGCUUCCUGCGAACGCCGUUUCUCGGAGAACAUGGUGGCAACUUGACAACGGCAGCGAUAUGAGGACGGCGAGGGCUUGAAAAAAGAAAAUAGGUCUGUUCCAGGCUGUGGUUCCGUCGGCGACACACGAAGGCAAGCGGCUUCGCCAUGUUGGAAGAGGCUAGCGCCCGUUUCCCUGCGCGACAGAGGCCGGGGAAAACGUAAACGCUUCGAGCGAGUGUCUCUGAGCGCAGCGUCGAGGGCUGCGGAGAGGAGCGGAGCGGAGCGGUGCGGAGGGACAGCGGCUUCACCGGUUAGCCAUGGAGGAUGCGGCCCGUGGUCGCCUGCGUCUGAUUCCCCGUCCGACCCGCGCCCUUUUUGAUGGGAAUCACCGGUGAUCGCACAGACAAGCCGGGACAGCCCACCACCCGCCAACCGAGGGGAGGGAAGCGCGAAGCGGACCCCACGUCAAUGACUGUUGCGGCAGCGGAGGAGCCCCCACGGUGGAGUCGGCCGGUUCCCGAAAUAUGACCAGGGGUGCUGGGACGUGUUGGCAGCAAGACGACGACGACGGCGGCGGCGGCGGCGGCGGCGGCUUCAAAAUCUGGCUCGAGUCCUCCCGCGACAACCAGAAGCCCUUCACCGACUCGGAGCGGGCGCAGAGAUGGCGACUGUCCUUGGCGUCCCUCUUGUUCCUCACCAUCCUCCUCUCUGAUCACCUGUGGUUCUGCGCCGAGGCCAAGCUGGCCCGCACCCGGGACAAGUUCGUGCCCUCGCGCCUCCUCUCACCCCAGACCCCCCCAGCACACAGCAGCCUCAGAGGAAACCCAGAUGCUAUUUUUAUAGGAAACUCCACCAAACAUAUGUGGCGCCUCGAAACUUGCCACCGGAGCAGUUUGUCGAAGAACUGCCUCGCGCUGGCGGACGCCGACCACUUGUGCAGGGGCCUCGCGGACAGCGAGGGACCGCGGGCUGUAAACAUGAUCGAUUUGUACCUCUCCUUUUGUAACUCCUACUCGCUGCUGGAUUUGUUUUACGGCUCGAAGAGUCCGGACAAUUUGAACUGCAGCCUCGACGUGCUCGGCGACGGCGACACGACCAGGUGCAGCCUGUGCGUCCAGGCGUACCAGCGCUACGACCAGCACGCCCAGGAGAAGUACGAGGACUUCGAGCUCCUGGCUCAGAAAUACGAGCCGGGGGCAUAUUCGGUGAGGACGUGCAUGGAGCAGUGCAAGACGGCGUAUAAGCCCUGGCUGUGUGCUCAGUAUUUCCCAACCACCCAGCAGUCCUGUCAGAAGAAGGUACCGUGCCAGCAGUACUGCCUGGAGGUCCAGCAGAGCUGUCCGUUCAUUCUGCCGGAUAAUGACGACCUGAUCCAUGGCGGCAGCCCCAGCUUCAUUUGCACAGGACUCUUGGGAGAUCAUCCAUCAGACAGUGAGGCGGACUGCUGUGAUGUUCGACGGGACUCCAAAAUGGACAACCCUUCAGGCGGGACAUUAAAAAGGACUGCUUCUUCCUGCCAGCCCGAGGGGGACUCGGUCACCUCCGCUGCCACCCAGAGACUGUGCAGCGGGCGGCUGAAGAUCUGCCUUCUGGCCCUGGUCCUCCUACAUACUGUCAUCUUCAUUUCAGUCUCCCAUAAUUCCACACUGGUCGGCAUGGCUGCCUUUUUCUCCCCGGAGGAGAGUGCUUCUAAUGAGGAGUGAAGCGCGGGGUUGGAUCAAGGUACAGGAGCGACGUCGGCCGAGAGGAUUAUGGUUUUUACAAGGCCAUGGCUGCCAGGGACUCUUCUGGUGAGACGCGCUGGAACAGCCUCUACAAUUUGCAACAGAUUAGUCAUCAACCGCAGGAAAUGGGAGGGUUUCAACUCGAGAUAAGGGCGCUGGUAUUGGACAUAGACGAAUCAAGACGUUUGAUAACCAUUCCCCUAAAGAACUGACCUCUUGUCACUUGAAACCUGCUCAUUGUUUUUUUUAUUCCAUUCCAAAUGUUUUCUAUCAUAUUUCCCCCCCUUCCCUCCACCUUCCCUUCCCUCCACCCUCUCCCUCUGUUUUGUGUGUGUGUGUGUGUGUGUGUGUGUGUG